GAGCAGCGCUGCGCAUAUGUAACACAUUUGUUAUUAAUUUUCUUUUGGAAUUCUGUAUUAAACAAUGGCAAGCAGCGCUAAAUUGGGCUUUAGCCGUUUGCUGCAGCACAAUCUAAUGCAGCUUUGCACUCGCCGCGCACUGUUGCAUACACAACCCGCCUGUUUGUCCAGUUUUCGUUCAUCAAAGGAGCUGCAACCGCUGGAACAGUAUCCCGAUAUUGAAGUGCUGCAUAAUCCGCCGGAAUGGAAAUACGUGGAGCGUCUACUGCCGCCCACUUUAGUGCCAGCGCCCGUAGCCAAGCCGGCUUAUCCAUCAGGCUGGCAGCCAGCCACAGCAGAUGGCACCGCCGAGGGUUAUCUGGUGGCACGCACCAAGAAUCACAUGGUCCCCGUUUAUCUGCAGACACGCUUCCGUGGUGAACGUCGCAUUACAGUAGUGCGACGCAUUCAGGGCAACAUCUGGGCACUGGAGCAGGAACUGCGCGAGGUGGUGCAACGUGCGCGCAAUGGCAAAAUCUGCGCCACACGCGUCAACGAGCUGAGCGGACAAAUUCACAUACAUGGCGACUAUGUCGACAUACUGCGUGAGCAUCUAAAGUCCAAGGGAUUCUAGUUACAUUUUGUUGUUGGUAAUUAAUAAAUUUAUAAAA